CCCACGGAAAGCUGGAUGGUGCAUUGUUUCCAAUAUUUUGUGGCAGCUCUGUCUCCAGAAGGUGUUUUCAAAUCAUCGGACUUUUCCCAAAGUGAAUUGGACUUGGUUCAGCCCCGGGGGUCACAGGAAGUUGUAGCUGCCAUGUUUAGCUGCAUUGUUGUAGGUUCCUUGUAGGUUUCCUGCAGAUUUUAGCCUUUAAGUCUGGCAAUGGAGCCGAGCUGGAGUACGUUUUUAUUCCAACAGGCUAACGAGGCUCUCCAUCAUCAGCAUCAGGUGGCUGGGAACAGCCUGUUGCCUCUGCUCAACUCUGGAACAGAACCACCUGAUCAGAAACCGGUGCUGCCCAUACCCUUGGAUCAGAAACCCCCGGUGAGCGCUGCGGAACUUCUGAAAGACAAUGUGGCCAGUGGGACAGGGGUGGGAGGAGGAGGCGGAGGGCCUCCUGCUGCUGUUGUCAAGAAGGAGCCCAAAUCAAAGACCCCCUUCAUCUGCGGCUACUGUAACAAGGCUUUCCGGGACAGCUACCACCUAAGGCGGCACGAGUCCUGCCACACCGGCAUUAAAAUGGUUUCACGGCCCAAGAAGACACAAACAGCCCCCACCAUGGUGCCGCUCAUAUCCACUGUACCGCGUGAGAGCAGCGCCAACCCAUCAUACGUUACUACUGUGGCUGGGAUUCUCACUACAGCCACUACGUCCACAUCCACAGGCACCGGUGUCAUGACGCCAAUGCAACACCAACAGCAGCAGAGUAUCCCCAAGAAACCCCCCAAGCCUGUGAAAAAGAACCACGGCUGCGACAUGUGUGGAAAGGCCUUCCGUGACGUCUAUCACCUCAACCGCCACAAACUGUCCCACUCUGACGAGAAGCCUUUUGAGUGUCCCAUCUGCCAGCAGCGCUUCAAGAGAAAGGACCGCAUGACCUACCACGUCCGCUCGCACGAUGGCGGCGUCCACAAGCCUUAUAUCUGCUCUGUGUGUGGGAAGGGCUUCUCCAGGCCUGAUCAUCUCAGCUGUCAUGUCAAACAUGUCCAUUCCUCAGAGAGGCCAUUCAAGUGCCAAGUAACGGCCUGUACCUCCGCCUUCGCAACCAAAGAUCGUCUGCGUUCUCACAUGAUCAGACAUGAAGGCAAAGUGACCUGUAACAUCUGUGGAAAAAUGCUCAGUGCUGCCUACAUUACAAGCCAUCUGAAGACGCACGGCCAGGCCAGCUUCAACAGCCCCUGUAACAAUAAAGGCCUAAGUGACUGGCAGUGGAACCACUCAGGGCCACGAAAAGGUGAGUUGACGGUAGGAGAGAUUUUAAAUAACUCCUUCCAAGUCCUAAUUGACAACUCUCACAAAGAUGCCAACAAUGUGCACAACAACUCAGCCACUACCACACCGGUCACCAACUCGGCAGCCAUCACUUCUGUCGUCAACCGCAGCGUCAACGCCGCCAACCCCGUCACCAUCGCAGCCCAGAUGAACAUCACCACCAGCACGGUCAACAUCACCUCACCGGUCAACCUGCAGCACCCGGUCACAAUCACCGGCCCCGUCAACCUGGCCUCGGUCAACAUCCCCACCACGGCGCACAUGAAUAUCGCCCACCCGGUGGCCAUCACCACCCCCAUGCCCAUGAAUAUCACAGGGCCGCUCAACAUCGCUAUGAGGCCCAUGGAAAGCAUGCCUUUUCUGUCCCAGGUCCUGCCUUCCUCUCCUCCCUGGUAGAGCUGCCUCUUCCUUUAGUCAGGAGGUUUUAACUGCCUAAUAAUGGACGAGCUUGUCCCUUCUGGGUCAAACCACCAUGUACACGGGCUGAUUUUUACACUGUACGAACGUCCAAACUAGGGUUCCUCCAGCCAUGGUCAGAGUGGAUUAUCAGCUGGGGUCCUUACUGGGUACUGGUCUCAGCUGGGGUCCUUACUGGGUACUGGUCUCAGCUGGGGCCCUUACUGGGUACUGGGCUCAGCUGGGGUCCUUACUGGGUACUGGUCUCAGCUGGGGUCCUUACUGGGUACUGGUCUCUGUUUUUAUUUAAAUGCCAAUCAUCAUUAUGGAAAAUAUGAGCUGUUACGAAGCAUGAACAGGAGAUGGAUGUGAGGUCUAGAGGAAGGAAGGCUUUAUCAUGAAUGUCAUCACAUUGAUUUUCAAAGGUUCUGAUUCUAAGACACACUAUUGGUCCAAACAUUAUAGGACAGCCCCUUUUUUCUAAGGGACAGUGUGACAGAACCACAUUCUUAUGGUCUGUCUUCCUUUCAUUGUCCUCGGCCUUUAUGGUGCACAUAUUCUUCUUGUGCAGUGCACAGUUGUGUCCAUACUUUCCACAGAAGUGCUCUAAUGUCUGAACCCAAACACCUGCUUAUCCUUAGAACUGUAGUCCUCCACACUAAAUGGAACUGUA